AUGAAGGUUGCAAUUCUAGGCGCUGGAGGAGCCGGUAUUUCUUCUAUCAAAAGCUGUUUAGAUGAGGGUUUAGAGCCUGAGUGUUUUGAGCAAAACGAUGAUAUUGGAGGAAUGUGGUUGUACUCCGAGGAGACGAGCCAUAGCUCUAUAUAUCAAUCUACUAUUAUCAAUACAAGCAAGGAGAAGAAUGCCUUCUCUGACUUUCCAAUGCCUAAAGACUUCCCUCCGUUUAUGAGCCAUGAUUAUAUGCUUCAGUACUUUCGUUUGUAUUCAAACCACUUUGAUUUAAUCAAGCAUAUAAGGUUUUCUUGCAAGAUCGUGGAUGUCCAUCGAGAAGAACGACAAUGGAAAGUGACAUACGAGAACACAGCCGAUGGAAACAGUCGUAUUGAACAGAAACUUUUCGAUGCCGUCUUGGUCUGCACUGGACAUUUAACUGUUCCUCGAUGGGUGGAUUUUCCAGGUUUGGAUAGUUUUCAAGGUCGUGUGUUACACAGUCAUCACUACAAGACUUUCAAAGGUUUUGAAAACAAAGUUGUCCUCGUUGUAGGGCUCGGAAACUCCGCCGGAGACAUAGCAUGCGAGCUAAGUCGACAUGCACGUAGGGUGUUCAUUAGUACAAGACGAGGGACUUGGGUUUCUUCUAGACUUAUAAAAGGCCUUCCAUUUGAUUAUUACCAGACAAGGUUUAGAAUGGACUUACCUAAUUGGAUAAGGUAUCGUCUGUUUGGAUGGUUUCAUAUUCAAAAUAUCGACUACAAUUGUUACGGACUCAAGCCCCAAGGAGGAUACUGGAAUGGCGCUUUUAUUACGAACGAAGAUAUCAUCCCUCGAAUUACCACUGGUAAACUCACCAUUAAACCAAACAUCGACCAUUUUACAGAACAUGGYGUAGUYUUCUCUGAUGGUGUAGAACUUAGUCACGUGGACGCUGUGAUAUUUUGUACCGGCUACAAAAUCGGAUUGAGCUUUCUUGACAAAUCAAUUAUUYCCUCYAAAGAAAACAAUGAACUCGAUCUGUACAAGUUUGUCUUCCCUCCAGACGAUAUUGACCAUACUUUAGCAUUCAUUGGUUAUGUGACAAUCMAWGGAUCGAUGAAUCCUACAUUUGAAAUCCAAGCGCGUUGGGUGACUCGUGUUCUUAAAGGUUUGGUGAAGUUACCUUCUCCAGAUGAAAUGUGGAAAGAUAUAUUGAAGAAAAGAAAGCGWAUMAAAGAAUCUUUUGAUAACACACCAAGGCAUGCACUAGUGGAAAAUGGCCUCUUGUACCAGGACGAAAUAGCAUCAUUCAUUGGCUGUAGACCCAAUCUAUGGCAUCUACUCACCACUGAUCCUGUGUUGGCGUUGAAGUGUUACUUUGGACCUCAUCAUCCAGCCCAGUAUCGUAUCCAUGGUCCAGGGGCGUGCCCCCAAAGAGCGAAAAYCAAUAUUAACAAUAUGUAYAUUAAUGUUUUUCAUCCCAUGCAAACGCGCCAGAUUGAAUCAAAACCAAGUACGAACUUCUCAUUUGUAAUGAAAUUUGUGGUUACUUUUGGUUUGUGCGGUGCUGCUGUUGCUGUCAUUCUUAGAAUUAUCAAAUGGGACAAAAUUCUAAAGUGAUGGCUCUUUGUCAAAACAGAUCCCUGGGCCGGGUCUAUCUCAGCUUGC